AUGAGCGGCAUCAAGCGCUCCUUGGACGAGUCCUCUCUUGAUGGGGACAGGCCCUCGCCCGCCGACUCGUCUGCCUCGACGGUGAAGCCUCCCUCGCCCGCCGCGCCCUCGUCGUCCUCGUCGAGCUCCUUUCGCAAUGUGAGCGCAUGCAACCGCUGCAGGCUGCGCAAGAACCGCUGCGACCAGCGCCUGCCCUCGUGCGCCUCCUGCGACAAGGCCGGCGUCAAGUGCGUGGGCUAUGAUCCCAUCACGAAGCGCGAGAUUCCUCGCAGCUAUGUCUACUACCUCGAAACCCGCGUAGCCUACCUCGAGACGCUACUGCACGACAACGCGAUCCCUUUUCAGGAAGCCGAAGACUUCAACCCAGCUUUUGCCUCGAAUGCUACCAUUGCACCCCCACCCCGCGCUGCGGCGCCCCAGCAUCGCAAUGGCACUCCCAUACCAACCGCCGCUCAGACCAAGGAAGAGAAUGACAAGUACGAUCGCGAGAAGCUCACAAAGCUCGUGGAUAACAUUGGAAUGGUCUCUGUACAGGGCGCCAGCGACCCGAGAUAUCUGGGCUCCACCUCAGGCAUCUCCUUUGCAAGAGUCGUGUUUGCUGCCGUCAAGAGCUCUGUCUCGGGCUCUUCCUCUGAGCGUGGAAGCAACCGGGGAGGCAAGGCUACGACCACUGUUGUAGAUAGCGGCACCUCGAUGCGCGAUUCCUUCUUCGGCCUGCAGACCAAACCCACCAUCCGACAGGCGCCCUUCCCAGACCGCGAACUCGGCUCCCGUCUCGUCGAACUGUACUUUGAACACGCCAACCCGCAGAUCCCCAUUCUGCACCGCGGCGAGUUCAUGGACAUGUUCGAGCGCGUGUACGACUCUGGAGAGCGCAACCGCACAUCACGAGAAUCCUACAUGCUCAACAUAGUCUUCGCCAUAGGCGCUGGCAUCAUCCUGGGAAGCUCCGACUCUGAGGACUCGCCUUCGUCGGAUAACGCUCGCUCACCAAACAGGUCGCGAACUUCACCCCCGAGCAACAAGAAACGCCGACUUGCAGGCCAUCAGCACCAGCCAGAGGAGUACCACGCAUCUGCAAUCGUCCAUCUUGAGAACUUCUUAGGCUCCUCACCCGCUGCCGAUCGCCCAGAUGGCUUUGGAGGGGGCCUGGAGGAACUGCAAGCCGUGCUACUUCUCGCGGGCUUCGCGCUACUACGACCUGUUGCACCCGGACUGUGGUAUAUCGUUGGAGUUGCGGUUCGUCUCGGUGUCGAUCUAGGGUUACAUUACGAGGACGGCGUGGGUAUCGACGGUGGAGCUUCCGAGGACCAAGCCGCUGGGAACACGGAUUUCAAAACUGAGGGGAACGAGAACGGAUCGGCUACGGCUACCGGCAAUGCGAAUCCUGCCAAGAUUGACGCGAAGGAAAGAGGCCGUAGACAGUGGGUUAGAGACCUCAGAAGGCGGUUGUGGUGGUGUGUUUAUUCUCUGGAUAGACUGGUCAGCACUUGUGUUGGAAGACCAUUUGGUAUCACCGAUCAGAUCGUCACCACCGAAUUUCCGUCACUCCUCGAUGACCGCUACAUCACAAAAGAAGGGUUUUUAGAUCCAGCUCCGCACUUGGGUAAGCCUACGUACAAGAUUGUUGCACAUCACUAUUUUCGGUUGCGACUACUGCAGUCUGAGAUUCUGCAAGUCUUGCAGCACCGCCAAGCACAGCAAGCAAGGGCGAGUGGGGCAAACCAAAGUAACGAGUUCAUGCACACCAAGCUGCCAUCUCCGUUCCUGGCCACCUUCGAUUCCUUCCGCGCCUGGCGGAUGGACAUUGACAGGCGGUUGCUCGAGUGGAAAGAUUCCGCACCGACACAGCUGGAUGCUGGCGUGCAGUUUUCGCCUCUGUUUCUGGAGCUCAACUACUGGCAAGCCUUGAUCAUGUUGUACCGGCAGAGCCUGGUGGUCCCCACCGGUCUACAGGGCGAACUAGGUAAUACGGGCUCAGACGUCGGAAGUCCAUCUAUGGUUACUUUAGAAGAGCGGGAGGACGAAGACUUGGUCUUCCUGAAAGUCGCCGAGGCUGGCCAGAAGGUUCUGAAGCUAUAUCGGCAGCUGCAUCGCGUGCAUCUGGUCAACUAUACCUUCCUGGCCACUCAUCACCUCUUCAUGGCCGGCAUAUCUUUCCUCUACGCAGUGUGGCACAGCAUCCAUGUACGCAGCUUACUGUCUCUUGACGACGUCGACUUUACAGUACUGGCCGCAACAUCCGUCUUGGGUGACCUCAUCGACAAGUGCCCACCAGCAGAGGCAUGUCGUGACGCUUUCGAUCGGAUGAGCAAAGCGACCAUUCAGAUGUGCAUGACAACAUCAGGCUUCGGUCCACAAGCCUUACGGGCAUUACAAACACAGCAGAACCACGCACAACCAUCAUCCCACUCACCGACCGCGACAUAUACAUCUACGUCAGAUGCAGAUGCAAGGCCAGAUACAGACAUGCAAGGGUACGGCUCAAGCAAUACAGCAGGCUACUUCCAGCAUCAACAAUCCCGACGACCAAUCCCAAGGUUCGACAUGCACCUCAAGGAUCUCUUCUCCGACGACGAAACGGACAAGCGGUCGUUUAGUCGCGUAUCUAAUCAAGUCAGUGCAAUGGGGCCUCCGCCUCCGCCAAUGAAACCAGAAUCACAUGUGCAGCCCUUCACAGCCGAUUUGAAGAUCUCACCACAGCUACGAACACACCAGCAACAAUCGUAUUUCGGCGCCUCGCCCAAUAUAACCUCCCCUAACCAACAACAAUCAGCAUUCUCCACGGCAGCAAUGUCUCACUCCCCUCCAAACCCUCAUGCAACUCAGUUACCAUCGCCAUAUCAAGUAUCCAAUCAGCUCCCCUACAAUUCUUUCGCACAAUCCAUAUCAUCAGCCUAUCCAGACCUUGGCUUUUCGGAUCUCGACUUUCUGGAUAGUUUUCCAGUCCAAGGGAGCAGCAAUACAGGAGGUGGAGAUGGGAAUAGCAGCAAUGGAGGAGGGAUGCAAGACGUGGGUAUUGGGUUUGGAAUGGGCUUUGGUGACGGCACGCAUGAUUGGAGCGAUGGGAAUGGCUUUGAUCUUUUCGACGGGUUCUUCUUCGGGCCCGGGGGUUCAGGGUCGUGA